AUGACUCGUUACUACCUACUUCUAUUUAUCACCUUUAUCUCUAUUCUCUUUCUCGCGUUCAUAAAAGCCACUCCAGAACUAGGCCAAGAACCCGCAAUUUCCGCCAACCAUGUAACAAUUUCCACAAAAUCGACAGUAUUGGAGAUCCCUCUUCAUCAGAUUGAAUCGCUUUCUUCGGUCUUGACUACAAAAUUUAUCGAAAUGCUUGGUAAAUUAGGUAAAGAUAUUGGUUCUGAUGAUAAAUUAAAGAAAGAUUUAUUUGGAUCGAAGGGACUUCAACAUGGUGAAAUUAUAACAUUCGAAAUUGCUGUGAUCCCAUCUCGCAGUAAAUAUUCAAUCACUUGCGAACGCUUAGCUGACAAGACAUGGGGACAUUAUUAUCGCGUUGUCGUUGAUCCAUACAAUGAACAAGAAGACGUCUGGGAAUACAGAUUCGUCGUUCCACACAUCGGUAAAAUCGACGUGGAUUUACAAGACGAUGAAAAAGAAGAAAAGGGAGAUGCCGACAACCUCAUGCACAUCUUCGAAAAUAUCUUCCGCAGUAACAAUCAAAUUCACCAUAAAUUCCACAAAAUCGAUUCCAAUGACGACAACUUUGACGCGAAUCAUCACCGCCAUUUCGAAUACGAUAUUGAAUUCCUCCAUACCAAGGAUCGAGCAAGGUUUAUUGUAGAUAGCAAGGGUAAAAACCGUUAUGGUCGUGUCUUUACGUUGAUUACACGUUCUCUUACAAUUGAUGCUGAAUAUGAGGUUACUAUUGUGGUUCCUUAUGAGGAAUAUCGUGAUUAG